CAUGUCUGUCAUUCUGAAAAGUUUAUUGGUUAUUGGUUAUUUUUUCAUGUAAACAAAGGUUUUAUUUUUACAUUUUUACUCAUAACUCAUAGUUUCAUAACAACUUCUUUACCCAAAAUAUUGGAAGUAUUCAGUCAAAGCGAUCAGUAUUAUUAUGCUAUCCACAAACAGCGUUCCUGAAUGCAAGCGUUUGAUUUCCAAAACACACUACACCAUCCCAAGAUGUUAUCAAGGAAAAACAAAGAUCUUCGAACAAUCAAAGAAGGAGUCGUCGGCAAGUACGUCAAAAAAGAUACACCCCCCGAAAUGCCAAUAAUAAACGUUUGGACGACCGAACCUAAAAGACGCUAUUCCACCCAGAACAGAUCUUCUUUAACUCAAACCAACACCAUACCCUCUUCCUCUCAAAACACAGUGCAAAAAUUCGGCAACCAGAAAACUCUGAUUAGCGAUGUGGGCCUAGGAGCCCACGAAGGAAAGUACACUCCUAGUGCUUCUGUGCCUGAUUUGGCCACAAGAUUUGCCAACCUCUCAGUGGGCACUUCAAAUGAAGGUACUAAUUUCAAUAAUCCCAGCAUCACUUCCUCACAACCUGUGUAUGUGAACCACCAUGUGAACAAUUAUGAGGAUUCUGCCAGCAAUGCCAAUUAUGUGGACAUAGAUCAGAUUUAUCCUUUAGUGCAAGACAGUAGUUACAGGGAUUUGGAGUACAAUAAAACCAACUGUCCCAUUUACCAGAAUGCAGGGAAGAAUAUUGUAAACCUUACUGGAAGAGAUAGUAUCCCUGUGUUUGGUAUUGACAGGUACAGGAGUUCUAACCAGAAUAUCCCUUAUGUUGAUUCUGUGACACAUCAAAGACAUAGUUUGGGAAGGCUGGAAACCACCCCCACCACCCAAGACCAACCCGAAGAACUUCCCCUACCGCCCGGCUGGUCCGUCGAUUACACCCUCAGAGGGCGCAAGUACUACAUCGACCACAACACCAAAACCACCCACUGGUCGCAUCCCCUCGAGAGGGAAGGUCUGCCGGAGGGGUGGCAGUGCGUCCAGUCCCCCCUCUACGGCGUCUACUACGUCAAUCACGUGACGAGACGUGCCCAAUACGAGCAUCCGUGUUUGGUACCUUGUUUCGGGUACGCCCCGACCACCGAGUCGUACCAUCAUCAGCAGCAGGCGCACGGUGUGUUGGUACCGGCGAAUCCGUACCUUUUGGAAGAGAUACCGCACUGGUUGAACGUCUAUUUCAAGACCAGUCCCGAGCUGGACCACAAACUGAGGUGGGACAUGUUCAGACUUUCAGAGCUGGAGUGCUACAAUGCCAUGUUGACGAGACUGUACAAACAGGAAUUACAAAAUAUCGUCAUGAGAUAUGAAUCCUAUAGGUCGGCGCUAAUGGUAGAAAUGGAGAAAUUCGGAUUGAAUAGAAAUAAUAAUUAGAGCUGUGAUCAUGAACUGACAAUUUUCACUUAGUGUUAAUAUUCUCAUAAAUUUAUUUUUCUAAUUGUUGUUGAGAAAUCUCAGUGGAGCGAUUGAAAAUAGGGUGAAUUUUCCCUAUUCUUCGUCACUGGAAAAACUUUAUUGAUUGUUUAGAUCUAACAGAAAUCCUAAGAAGAUUCAAAAGAAAUGAUAUUGAAAAUGCUGAAAACUAUUUUCUGUCUGUGCUAAAUGUUGUCAAAAUAUCUUUAUUUGUGUAUAAAGUUAUUGAAUAA